AUGAGAAACUUCGAUAGUACAGAUGCAAAGGACGAUUUGGUAUUGGAUGUCGAUGGUGUGAAGCUUCACUGCAACAGUCAGAUUCUAUCUCGGAGCUCGAAGAUCUUCAGAACUAUGAUCGAAGAGGGCGAAGUGUCUUCUGAAAUCUGUUUGAAGGAUUCGAUUCCAGUCGAAGAUCUUCGAGAGCUUCUUCAUUACCUCUACUCCGGUGAGCCAGUAGAUGAUCAUAACUUCAGGCAGUUGCUUCAUUGGGGAGAGAAGUUCGAAGUGAAACAUAUCGUUCA